AUGUUGCUUUGUUCGGAUCCUUGGGUCAAAGACAAGUGCAAAGCAUCGAAAGGAAUGAAGUCGUUUUUUGACAUGAUGAACAGCAGUAAAAAGAAGUUGGCCAUUUUUGGAGGGGCCUGCACCGAGGUCAACGAACCGGUGGCGAUGACGGCCGUCUUCUGGAACAUAAUACAGAUUUCCUAUGCCGAGACUCAUCCGAAGUUUUCCGGCAAAGAUCGUCUGUCGAUGUAUCGCACGUUCUAUUCAGUGGUACCUGACCACAGGAACGACAUCCUGGCGCGAAUCGCCUUUCUUCGCCAC